AUGAGUUUUUAAAUAAAUUUAAAAUACAAUAAUUUGGAUGAAAAAUAUAAUAAAAUACGCCCAUUAACAAGUAAGCCACCUUUAAUUCCUUAAUAAUAAUUUUUCUUAUAUAAGAAUAUAAUCUAGAUUAAGUAAAUAAAUCUUCCUUCAAUAAGUAAUUUAUGUAAAUCCCCUUAAGGAUCUUUAAAUACAUCUAAAAAUAAUAUAAAGCCAUAAUGUAAUUCAUCUUUAAAUAGUUAAAAAAAUAUUUGUUAGAAGGAAAAUGCUAAUUAAGCGAAUUAUUCAUUCAUAAAAAAGAACCUAUCAUAAUAACAAAAAAAAAAUUAUUUAAAAAGACAUAAUAGCAAUAAUAAUUUAAAUAAUAAAAACAUUAAUAAUAAAUCAUUUUAACUAAACAAAUAUAUAUUUUAAGAUAACAAACAAUUAAUUUAAGCAGAUAAUAAUAUUAUAAAAGCAUCUUUAAAUACAAAAAACUUAUUAAAGACUCCACCAAUAACAGCAAAAAGUUGGGUUAUUUUAGAUGGAAAUUCUGGAAAAAUUUUACAUGGAAAAUAAUAGAAUAAAAAAAGAGAAAUCGCUUCUUUGACUAAAAUUAUGACUUGUUAUACUACUUUAAUUUUUUUCUAAAAUGUACUCAAAAAAGACAUUCAAAGAAUAUUUAUUAAAGUUUCUUUUAAAGCAUCAUAAAUAAUAGGUACUUCUGCUAAAUUAAAAGAAAAUACAAUAAUUAGUAUAUAUGAUUUAUUAUAUGGGUUAAUGCUUCCAAGUGGAAACGAUUCUGCAGUUUGUUUAGCAGAAAUAGUCGGACUCUUCAUGUAUUUAAAAUAAGUUAAAGAUGAAGAAAUACUGAAUGAUAUUGUUUUAUAUGACUAUUCAUUAUUAUUAGACAAAAUCGCAUAGUUUAAGAAAAAAAUUAAUAAUUUUUUUGACCCAGUUUAAGUUUUUGUUAUUGAAAUGAAUAAAAAUGCAAUAAAUUUGGAUUUAAAAAAUACUAAUUUUACUAAUCCACAUGGACUUAAAAAUAUAUUUAACACAUCUACAGCUUAUGAUAUUGGUCUAUUAUCGUUUAAUGCUUUGUAAAUAAGUUAAUUUUAAAAAAUUGUGAAUACAAAAUAAUAUAAAGCAACACUUUAAAUAUUUAAUAAAUAAAACUAAAAAUAUGAAUUUGCUUAAAUCGAGUGGAUUAAUACUAAUAAAUUGUUAGAGUUUACGGGGUGGGGUGGUAUAAAAACUGGAAUUACUGAAAGCGCAGGACCAUGCCUGGCUAGUUAUAUUAAAAAUAAUAAUUAACAUUAUAUUAUUGUUAUUUUGUGUAGUAAAUCUCUUAAUAUAAGGUGGGCUGAGUGUUAGAAAAUUGCUGAUUGGGCUUAUGAAAAUUUUGAUUUAUUAUAAAAUUAAAAAUAAUGA